CUGUCGAUUGAAAAAGCGGCUGUUACUGAGUGAAGGGGAGGAGCGAAGAGUACGACACCAGCUCUGGUGGACCCCUGUCAAGUUGGUAGUGCGGAGGAGAUUCGAAGAAGUUGAUCAAGACGCAUCGAAGAUGUCGAGUUUUGAACGUUAUAAUGAUGACAGAGAUAGACGACCUUAUAGGUCGUCGUUGAAGUGCUUCAAUUGCAAUGAACCGGGCCACUAUGCCAAUCAGUGUCCCCAUCGGGACCGACGGUACAGCUCAAGUCGGCCGUCUACCUCGUCAGAUUCGAGGCGGUCACGUUCGCCUCGGAAGUUUGAAGCUCAGCGGAAUGAGUUCUCACCAAGGAAAGGAGUUGAACUUCGUGACCAAGUGGCAGAGUUGACCAAAGGUGUGGCCACCAUCAAGGAACACUUUGACCUAGUGCGGGCGAAGAAAGAAGAAAAGGCUCGUCAUAAAUUAGAGAAGGAGCGAGGGAAGGAGGAGGAGAGACUAAGAAAGGAAGAAAAGGAAGCCAGACUAGCACAAGAAGAAGCACGUCGCGAAGCGAAGAGACUGGAGAAAGAAGCGAAGGCGAAGCAGGAAGCCAUUUUGAAAGCAGAAAUGAAAAAGGAUGUUACCAUGCACGCAACUAUGCUAAUGAGUGAGAUCAAAGAUGAUUGGAUCAAGCAGUGGAAGACCUCUGUUCUUCCAUCACUUGCAGGUGACGGAGGGGACGUCAAAGGAAAAAAGCAAGUUAGAUAUGAGGCGAAGGAGGAUAGCGGGACGGGAUACAGCAGUGAGGGGAGUGAGACUAGUGUGACACAGGAAAUAAGCGAGAAGACUGAGCGGCUAAUUACGGAGAAGAGAAAGAGAGUUGAGGAUACGUCGAUCGCAGACAGUCCUCCCAUGGAGACCCCGGGGAAACGUACUCCUCGUCGGGAAUGUGGAGAACAAAGCCGCCGUGUGACCCGAGCAAGGACCAAGGGAGCCCGGACUCCGAUUCCUGCGAAGAAGCGGUCCCCUAUCAAGACUCCUCUGCCGAAGCUUACCAAGAACCGCAAGCAGUCCCCUCCCAGCGGGAGGCUGACACCUGCUAGCAAGUCAUUGACACGUCUGCGCUUUCGUGAUGCCGUUAUGAAAGAACUGAAGGAUUGCAAUGCCGACGAACUUCAGCGAUACUGCAAAAAAGAGGGUAUCUUGUACGCCGGUAAGAUCGAUGUUAUCUUCGAUCUUGUCGAGCAUCGGGCUCAGGUGCAGUUUCCAAGCUUCGUCCCAGCUUCGGAAGUGAUCCGUAUCUGCAAUUCGAUUGAUGAAGGAGCCGUUUCUUCCACGGAGAACCUGGAGUGAUGUGGCAUCCCUUCCGCCAGUUGGUUGAAAGUUUGUAGAUAUAUCACUGGUAAGCGUUGCUAUCAGGU